UUAGUGGAUUUGCUAGGAUAGUUAUUUAUUCAAGGUGUUUCUUCGUUGCGAGGUUUAAAUUUAGCCGCCGCUGUGCCAGAUGUGGCAACGUUGGUCGCCUCAAUCAUUUGUUUUGGAUUGGAUCCCUUGUAAAAAUGGCUUCUAGAUUGUCAAAGUAAUAGAAUGUUUGCUAGUGCUUUAGUUAAGUCCUUUAAAUAACCCAAAAUAGCAAUCAAACUAUGUUGCAAACUAAUUACAAAUAAUCGUGUGUUCGUGUUUUAUAAAGGUCCAAUAUGAGGAUAAACGCAACAAGAAUGACCACUCCAAUUGAAGAAAAGGUGGAUCAGAAGUUAAAAGUGAGGACUGGAAUGGUAACAGUAAGUGACGGAAAGAGUAGACCGAUACCUGUUCGAUUACAUCUGUCCAUGGAAGUAUUGAGGCUCCAGAAAGAAGAAUUAAUACCUUUGGAGUCCAAACCGCUAAACGCUAAGGAACGUAUGGUCCAAAUUCGCAGACAAAAAGUAGGAGGCCUUGGCUUAAGUAUAAAAGGUGGAGCUGAACACAAGCUGCCUAUUUUAAUCUCCAGAAUAUAUAAAAAUCAAGCUGCCGAUCAAACGGGUGAACUAUUCGUAGGAGAUGCCAUCAUUAAAGUAAAUGGGGAAUACAUCACCGCCUGUCCACAUGAUGAUGCCGUGAAUAUUUUAAGAAAUGCGGGAGAUUUAGUUGUUUUAACGGUAAAACAUUACAAAGCUGCAACGCCCUUUUUGCAGAAACAAGAGGAUAAAGAAUCUCAACAAACUGACAGCAAUAGUGACGAAAAAGAGGCUUCCGAUGAGAGUUUGAGGCUUACUACAAAUAGUACUAGUAGUAGACCUAGCUCAAUAUAUUCCGAAUCUGAACAAGAGCCUCAAACUCGCUGGGUUGAUCUUGUCACUCUGCCUUUAAUGAUGGCUUAUGUUACAAGAUAUAUAUUUGGAACAGAUAAAUUAAGACCUAAUGCUUUUGAAGUUAGGGGCCUUAAUGGCGUCAGUACAGGCAUCAUACAUUGUGAUGACUCUGCUAUACUUUCUCAGUGGCUUAAAUAUAUAACUGAUAAUAUCAUAGGGCUAACUAACUUACAGAUGAAGUUGUAUAAUCGAAACUUCAGCGUGUCCGAUCGCAUCGAAUAUAUGGGGUGGGUAAACGAAGGUGUCCUUAAUAAUAACCAGCCUUGGCAGAAUUACAAGCCGCGUUUUUUCGCCCUAAAAGGCACAGACUUAAUGUUAUUUGAUUCACCGCCUUUAAAUGUAAUGGAUUGGAGUAAAUGCCCUUUAAUGUUUAAAGUUUACCAGACAAUGUUCCGUGUAGUUAAGGAUUCUGAGAACGUCGAUGAACGUCAACACUGUUUUUUAGUCCAAACUUCCGGUCAAGAUUCUCGGUACUUCUCGGUGGAAACGAGACAGGAACUGUUAAAAAUUGAAAACGCAUGGCAUUGUUCGGUGUGCACUGCGGUCAUGAAAUUAGGGAAUAAAACUUUCACUGUUAGUUGUAACGGUAAAACCGCCGGGUUGACCCUGGAUUGGAACUUAGGGUUUUCGCUUCAUGAAGGUGAUUCAAAAACUCCAGUUUGGCAAUACAAGUUUUCGCAGUUGAGGGGAUCGUCGGACGAUGGGAAAUCUAAAUUAAAGUUGCAUUUUCAGGAUUCCGAAUCGAGGGCUAUAGAUACGAAGGAACUGGAAUGUUCCAUUCUACAAAGUUUGCUGUUCUGUAUGCAUGCGUUUCUAACAGCAAAGGUAGCGUCAGUAGAUCCCGGUUUUCUAUGUUCUAUGAUGCCAUAAGUGAGAAGUAGACUGUCGACUGUCAAAUAAGUAUUAUAUACAUGUCAACUAUUUACAUGGCAGGUGUUGAAAAUGUGGUUGUAAAAAUUUGGAAAUUUGGUUGGGAAUAUUUUCGUAGCAGAAUGUAUUUGUACACCGUUGCUGUACUAUAAUUAGUAAUUUAUUAUAUUGUUGGCUCACCAUUGCGUAUGAAAUAUGGUGCUAUUUUAAGUCAUUUUUGCUAGAAGUUAAAACCAUUUGAAAUAUGAGCUAAUAAGAUUUAUGGUAGGGUAAUGGUGAGACAUCAUUCUGUGUAAUAAAAGUGAUACUUGUAAAAUUGUAAACUUACUUGGACUUGAUCUGUCUUAUCAUUAAUAUUAAUGAGGUCAGUAUUGAAUAGUAACUAUGGGUAAUAAUGUAAGUAGAAUAGUAACUUCUGGACAUAAUACUCCUAUUUCUGAGAUUAUUUUUAUUAAUAGAAUGCACAACGUCUGCGUUGCACGAAAUUUGUUAAAAUGAUAUUGUUGGUGAUGUUCCUUAUAUAACACCUAUCAACUAAACUUAGCUUGAGGUAAAUCGUGUACAACAUACACUACCAAAAGUGUAAAUUUAGUUGGUCAUGGGUAGAUAAAUAUCAUUUAUUUCUAUAUGCUAUCAAUUUUAGAAAUACUUCUUAUCCAUAAGACGUGGAAGGCACAACGUAAAUGUACAGUAGACUUCAAUAUCAAUAUCUACACAUCAUUGUUUAAGUAGAUGUCUAUGUUAACUGUAGUACAUCAACGCUGUUACUGUAGCGUUUCCAUCCUUCAUUAAAUGGGAACGAUUUUCGAACCAUGAUACGUAUCUACACGUUGUUUUUUAUAAUAGAAUCUGUUUCAUCGCAUCAUAUCAUAUCAACAACUAUAUAAACAUCUACUUUAUUGGAAAAAUCGAACAAGUCAUAUGUGUUGAUUCAGUUUUGGUCAUUUGCCUUUUGAAACAUAUAAUCAACGAUUUAAACACUAGCACAUACUAGACCAAAACAAAAUCACAUUAUCAGAGGACCGUCUGACAUGAAAUGUAUUCGUACUGGUUUUCAUAAGUGAGCAUAGUCUGUAGUUUUUCAUUCCGGUCUAACGUGACAACUAAGAUUAGCCAAUAGCUUAUUUUAUUUUUUAACGAACUUUUGACUAGUGAAUGGUGUAAGAUGUGGUAGAUUCUGGUUGUAAUAUAUCACACGAAAAAUUUUGAUUGAUCGUGUGAUGUAAUACUAUCGAGUGAUUAUUAUUAUUAUUUAAAGCAUAUUAAUUCGAUUAGCUAUAUAUUUGUGUAGAUUAGCUUAUUUGUUUUAACUGCGAAGUAAUCAAGAGCUAGUCCUAUGUCUUGGUGAUUUCUAAUUUUGCUUCCAUGAGAGUAGUUAGUACUAUUAUUUUAGCAUAUGGCAACUAACUUCAAUAAAUAUAUCAUUAGGUGUACUUCGUAGGUUGGGAGAGUAGGAAUGUCGGCCGUCGUAGGGAAUUAUUCAUAGGUAUUCCAAUACAGUAGGAUGGUGUUAGGGUUAUAAGUAUUUGAUAGUCAAUCAUCCAUUUGUUCAAUUAGUAUUCAUUAGCAAUAAGUGUAUAACAGGAUUAUAUUUGUAUAAAAAAAGAUUAUGAUGAUUUGAAACUAGUUUUGAACCAAAGCAUAAGUGAUCUCUAAAUAAAUUAAAGUGUAUUUAUUGUUAUUUACUGUUGGUAAAUCUUGCAGUAUAGGUGGUAAAACCAAGUUGUCAAAUUAAUUUAGUAUCGUUAAUUAGUUGUUAAAUUUUGAAUGAAUCUUAUGAAAUAUAUGAUGCAUUGAUUAAAGAGAUUAAAAUACCGUUAGCUUUGGCUUUAAAGUUAAUAUAGUUAUUUAGUGCAUUUUACAAAGAAAAGGUUGUGAUUUUUUAUUUUGAAUCACCCAUCGAACUCGAAGGUAAUUAUAUUAUUUCAGACUGUCUAUAUAUUUUACAUUGUUUAAAAUUGACCAAUUUAGUGUUUUCAAUUUCAAUUGAAAAUUAUAGUUAUUAAUCGUUGACAAUAUGAAUAAAUUUAUUUAGUACCCAAA